AUGGGCGACUACGGCAGCACGGAAUCUCAGACACUUGACGUCGAUGUCCUCAUUGUUGGCGCGGGACCUACAGGUGCUUCUUUAGGCAGCUUCCUUGGAUCUCACGAAUGUCUUCGAGAAAUUGGCAUCGAGGCAAAAGCACAGGAGGUUGCUUGGCCCGUAUCAGAGUACUCGACCUAUACUCGUUUCUGCAAGACGCUUGUUGGUGAAGAAAUCUACAGAGCCCAUGUGUUUGGUAACGAUCCCCAUCGACAUGGUGAUUACUUCGAUGCAAGUCCGUCCAAGACGCUCUGUCUCUGUCAGUCCGAUCUUGAGCCCUUGUUGCUCGAACAUUCUGAAAAACAUGGUUUUCCAACACGUUGGAAUACGAGACUGGUCAGCUUUACCGAGGAUGCAGAAAAGGAUAUUGUGAUAAGCACACUUGAAAACACUGUCACAGGUGAAAUCACUACUGUCCGUUCCAAGCAGCUUGCAGGUGCAGAUGGGCCCGAUAGUACCGUAGCACGCCAGCUCAAUCUCCCCAUGGUCCACGGCCCAGGUAAUGGCUUCGUCAUCAGCGUGUGGGUUGAAGCUGAUCUGAAGCACCUUACUGAGCACAAUCGCGGUCUACUCCACUACCUCGAUCGUCCAGACAAGCCGCAACCUGACUAUGGCGUUCUGGGAAUCGCGCACUUCAUCAAGCCCUGGAAUGACUGGGUGAUUUCGCUGUUCCCGCACCCCACGUACAAGAAACUCGAGGCAACCGAGGAGCAGAUCUUGGCCCGCAUGAAGGAACUUGUUGGUGAUGACACCAUCGAGUACAAGGUCAAAGAAAUCAGCACCUGGAGCUUCGACGAGGUCUACGCCAAGCACUACUCGUCCCCCUCGGGCAAUGUGCACGCCUUAGGCAACUCUGUGCACCGCCAUCCACCCUUUGGCGGUCUCGGCAUCAGCACCUGCAUGGAAGACUCGUACAACAUGGCAUGGAAAAUGGCCUACGUCCUCCAAGGCAAAGCCAACAAAUCCCUCCUGAAAACCUACAACGACGAGCGCCAACCCGCCGGUGAAUACGUCGUCCAGCGCACUAACGAAAACGGGCGUCUAAACUUUGGCUUCUACGGCCAAUUCGGCUUCCUCAAUGAAAUCGGCGCCGACCGCCGCGCCGAAAUGGACGAAUUACUGCGCCAGGACUCGCCGGAAGGCGAAGCCGCCCGCCAUCGCUUCCGAAAGGCUAUCCGCGAUCUCGCGGAUGAACGGCACUGUAUCGGCGCCAUGAUGAACCAGUGGUACAAGUCGUCUGCUGUGUACGCGGCCGAUGAAACCAAAGACCCGGACUGGCCCACCAAUGCAUCAGAUCGCUCCACCAAGCUCUACACGAGCACCUAUCCCGGUUGGCGUGUCCCCCAUGCCUGGCUUGCGCCCCGCCAGACUGAACCUGGCCCCCGACUCCCCUUGGUCUCGACCAGAGAUGUCGUCGGACAUAACCGCUUUACCCUCCUCACGGGAAUCGGCGGUAAGGCUGUGUGGGGCCCGGCUGCAGAACACGUCGCUAAAGAGACGGGCGUCGAGAUUGCGGUUGCGAGUAUUGGUUUUGGCCAGGACUAUGGCGAUGCGCUGUUCCGGUGGCAUGAGGUGCGUGGCGUCGAGGAGAAGGGUGCCGUGUUGGUGAGACCGGAUCGCACGGUUGCGUGGCGCGCGAAGAAGCCGUUGGGAAGUGAGGAGGAGACGAGGGAGAAGUUGGGUGUUGUGAUGAAGUCGGUUUUGGGGAUUUAGAGGGGUGUUUUUCUUUCUU